GGAACCGGUAGUCCAUGUUCUUUGUUCUCGUAAUGAGCUAGGUAACCGUGUCAGUGUCCUGUCUCUCUCCCGCUGUCAGGACCCCCAGACUCCUGCCGCUGUACCGGUCGGCAGGUAGCUCUGUCUGGACUUCGUAUACACACCAACACAAACACGUCGGUUUGUUGACAGCUCGGUGUCCCGCAGUUUAGGAGCUCACGGUCUGUCGACUUCUGAUGCUAACAAGGAGGCUAGCUGACGGUCUGACACAAACUAAGGCUAACGUUGCUGAAGAUCCGAAGAGUGAAUCAAUGUGUUUUUGGAGUCUUUCAGAAGUUUGUCAAGCAAUGAUUUUAUUCUGAAACGGAAAUUUGGCCAACUCAACCUACUCACGUGUACUAGCCGGUGCUAACAAGCUCAUUAAGCACAUUUGAAGGUAAUGCUCCUGAACGCAACCUUUGCAGAUCCAAAGGUUGCCAGGUUAAACCAAAGACAUGUAGAGGAGAGGCCCGACUUCUAAAUGGCAGCAGGGGUCACCCAUGGUAUUCAGCUGAUCUAUUCCAGCACACCCACAGGUGUGUCUAUGGCCUGAGGACCUAUCGGCCUGAAUCAUUGUGAACAAGUAUUACGGCUUCAGCACACAGCUGGCAGUACAUGCAUGCUUUCACAAUAAGAGCGUGACAGUCUGAUGAGCUGAGAGUCUCUGCCGUCUUAAUUCAACUCCGACAAGCUCUGUGAGGAAGCAUGGCAGCUGUGGUGAGCAGAACGUGGGGGUGGGUGCGUUCCUGGGUGGGCAACAGUGCUGUGUCAGAGAAUAACGCAGAGGUGAGAGCCAGGGGCCAGGAGCAAGGGGUCAGCAAACAGGGCCAGAAGGGUUGGACCUCUUGGAUCUGGGGAGGGUGGAGAAGCGAGAAAAGUAGUCCGGUGGAGGAGUUCUGGGAGGCGCAGGAGAAGAUUCAGCCGAGAGAAAUCGAAGUCCUUGGCACUACGCAACAGGAGACAAAUCCAGAGUCCAGAUGGUGGAAUAAGUAUCUCCCAACUUCCUACAUUUCAUGGCCAGGAAUAAGCGAGCCAAGCGGACUAAGACGGAGGAAACGGGAUGUAGUUUUGUGCGAAGGUGACGGGGACUUUUCCGACUAUGGAACGCCUCCUCCCUCUCCCACACCUCCUUCCUCAUCUCCUUUUCGACUGUUUGCUAACAGCUGGAAGGUGGACAUCCUCCCAGAGCACUACGACAUCUGCUUCAACUUCCUGCGCCACCUGUUCGAUCUGUUCGUGGUGGGCUUCCUAUGGACGGUGUCCCCCCCCACCAAGCUGAUCCUGGAGGUGUUCGGGGUGCAGGGGGCGCUGAGGCUAUGGCUGCACGGCAUGGCCAUGUUUUUCGUCUCUUCUGUCGGGAUGGCGGGGUUGCUCUGGCUGAUUCAGGAGUACCUCCCUCAGUUCGCCUUGAUCUACGGCAUCAUCCAGGCCGUGGUGAUCUCCGUCAGCGUGCGGCAGAGCGUGAUACUUGGCGGGGAGGAGGAAGAAGAAAAAGAAGAACAUGAGGAGGAGGACAAGGACACAGAGGAGCAGAAGGACACUCUGGAAUGUAAAGAAAAGCUUGUGUCUGUUAAAGACAAGGUGAAAACAAGUUAAAUGUGAGGCGGAGGAGCUGCUGUGUGUCAGCUGAUGAGGACCUCCAGCGGGACCACGCGCACACACACACACUGCUUCACCGGCUUAACAACAGUAUUUGCACCUUCAUUACACUCCUACAAGUUCUGCUCUUUUCACUUUAUGUUUAACACUAAUGAACUGCAUUUCUAGAUGUCUGUCCUCACCUGAUGUUGAUGCUGUCUCCAGAAUAUGGACAUCACCAGGUUGAGUAACUACUACUACAGUGCCAUGGAUGUUGAAGGAGUAAAUGUUAAGUCAAGAAGAGAAAGCAUAUUGAAGUGCUGCGUUUUACUCUGCUAACAUUUCAUUUCCUGACUUAGGGGACUACUUUUUUUAUGAUCUACCCUGAGACAGUUUGGGACCAGGUUAUUGCCUUUGAUGCAUUCUGUGAAGAAAUGAACAUAUUAAAAUCCCCAAACACAGGCUAAAUGUUUCAGGGAGGAGGACAGAAAUGUGAAUCAAGGAGCAGAAUUCUGAAGGUUUUUAGUACGGCAGAUAUAAAUCUCUUCAGCUUCAGUGAGGUAAACAUUAAGAGUUGUCCAUAUAAAGUGAAUUUGGAAUCAUAAGGCUCUAUCCAGUCGAAGUGCACUUUAAAGCAUGAGUUUCUCUUCCAUCUCGGCACAAAAUUGAAAGCAGGUAUGAGAUUGAUUUGUACAAAAACUUCUAAACUACAAACCACAAUAUUACUUUGUGUACAGUCUGUGAUUACCCUGUUCAAUAUGUAUUUAUAAGCCAUCAGACCUGUGACAUCACAUCCCUUUUUGUGGGCGGAGCUUAUUUAACAGAAUGCUAACAUCCAAAUAUGGAGACGCUCUGUGAGGAAGUAGUAACUACACCGUAUCCAAGCAAUGAGAAAUGUUGUCUCUUAAAAAUAAAAGAUAUCUAUUUUCACAUCGAAGACUAUUUGAAUGGAAUACAAUGGAGUCUUUUUCUAGGAACUAGCGUCUAACAGCCAUAGAUGGAGCGCUCAGCUGAGAGGGCUUUAUCUUCCAUAUAAGUCAGCUCCGGAUCCGGGUUGGUGGAAAAGCGCUAAUUGAGUGCUGUUGUAAAUCCGGAAAUGUUGAAUACCCCAAAGUUUUUUGAUAUAAAUGUAUAGUAGGGGUCCCCAGUACACAGGCUGGAUGCUAACUUGCAUUAUGUUGGGCUGUAUUGCACAAUUAGCGUAAGUUGCGAUAAUUAGCAUAAAAUGUGAUAAUUUGCAUUAAUUAGCGUUAUAGCAUAUGCAGAUAAUAGUUCAAAUGGCUUUGCCGAUUUGGACAAUGUUGGGAGUGGUUUUGGGGGGUUAUUGAGGAUGUUGAAUCAAUUUCUGACAAUUUUAGGAUAAAAAAUUGCAGUUUUAACCGUAAGAUGGCCAUAUUUGUCCUCUUGAUGUACUGAUUUUGAUACAUUUUGGGUACAUUUUAGCUGUUUUGAGUCCCCUAAAACUAGGGGACUCAAAACAGCCAUUUAAAAAUAAAAAAAACAUAAGAAAUUAAUUCAACAUCCUCAUUAGCCACACCAAAGGUGUCCAAAUCAGCCAAACCGUUUUUUUAGCUAUUGUCUGCAUAUGCUAGUUAACGCAACUUAUGCUAAUUGUGCAAAUUGCCCAACAAAUGCAAGUUAGCAUCCGGCAGUUUCUAUGUGCUGGGGACCACUACUAUACAUUUCUAUUAUUAAACUUCGAGGUGCUCAACAUUUCUGGGUUCACAGUGCUGGAAAGUAGACUAUAUAAAUCAUUUGUGCUGGUAAAUGUGUUUUGUACUUUAUAUUUGUUCAUAUGGAAGACGUUUCUGGAAGACUUUACCACGUUCAGUGCAUGAUUUACUUUACAUUGAGUCAUAUGGUCGUUGCUUGUACCAUGAAUCUGUUCAGAGAUGUGACACUAACAAUAAUACCAGCAGCAUAUCAAUGUGUCAUGCUAGUUUGUUGCCUUUGGUUAUGACCUGUGCCAUGAUGUUUGUUCAAACUUGACUUAUUCCUACCAGUACGUGAUUUCUGGACUUUAGUUGAUGUCAUGCUUUAGAGUUAAAGGUACAGCAGUGAAAUAGCAUGUUUUUCCUACACGUUGUAUUUUAACAUAUUUGACUUGUAUUACACAUUCUCUCUACAGCAUGUGUAUAUCAUGUGUUAUCUGAAGAGCUUUGUUUGUUGGCGGUAUCACAGCAGAUGGAAGCAUUUGUGUGCACAUUGUUCUUAUAUACAAUACUAGUGUGAAAAUCCAAUUUUAAUCAAUAUCAGAACCACUACAUUUAAAAAAACGUAUUUUGCAAGUGAUUUUCAGUGUAUUCCAGCGCGUAACUCUGCCAUAGCAACAUCAAAGUGAAUAUGACUCCCUUUUUUUGUUUUAAAAAGCAUCCUAAACGUGGAAAAGAAAUAGAAUCUUAAAUAUUUUAAACAAUCGGUCAACAGAAUAAAUAUUUUGAAAUUAUAACUGUUUGAGUCUUUUUUUUAUAGAUAAGGGCGCUGAAAUCAAUGAAGACAAUAAUAGUUGCUGCCCUUUAUUCAAUUGAAUGAUAUUGUUAUUUGGACAUAAAAUGAAGGAUUUAAUGAUGACACAUUUUAUAGAAGAAGCCUCUCUUGCACUUAUUCCACUAACAAGCUGAACUCAGGUGUUCCAGUGGCACAUUUUCGGCAACAAUUUAAUAAAAACGUCCAUUUUGCUUUACAUUUGAUUGUAAUUAUGGCAGUGCUUUGCCAAAGAGAGUACACUAUAAAUCAUUAGCACUAUUCUUUUUUCAUUAUUGAAGUAUUCAUCUUUUUUGGAGAGGUUUGGGGCCACAUUUGAAUUUUUUUAGAUAAGUGAAAUUCGAUUUUUGAGUUCUGAAAUUAAUCUCAUAAUUCUGACUUUAAAGUCUGAACUCAACAUUUAUUUAAAUGUGCUUGGAUCUCAGAAAGAAUUCCACAUGUGACCCUAAAGCGCCUCCAUAUUUUACAAACAAUACAAUAUGAUUUCCAAGUUGUAUUUGCUAAAUAACCUCAUGACAUUGACAUUGACCUCAUGUUAAUUUAAGUCCCAAGAGGACUUGUGUACAUCUGUGUUGCCUUUAAUCAUAACAUAUUGCAGUGACAUGAACACGGAUAGUCUUUGGUAAGGAAAGCUAUUUUUAUAAGAGCGGCGGACACACUGACUGCUGGAUCUCUGCUUCUGGUAUCUGUGAACUAGCUGUACUACGGUAACUGAGGCUCAAUAAAUGUUCUCUUUAUUAAA